AUGUUGCUGUGUCGUUUCAGAUCCACAAUCUUUCUUAUCGCCUUGGCGCUGUUCAGUGCUCUCCCUGUGGCCCAUGGCUGGAUUCUUCCGAAAUCUAACCCCAGAAAAUGUCUGAUCCAACCACAAAACUAUCAAACGACAGUUUUGUUGCAUCAGACAGACCAGGAUGAUCUACAACCAGACGACAACAACAACAGUAUCCCACAAAAAGAAUUACGGAUUGGACCCUUUGGAAGCCUGGAAAUAUUGGCUGUAGCUGUUAGUCUCUUCUUUGUGGCCUCGGUGGCAGUGUACGGAGAUGCUCUCUUUGCCAAGCCAGCAUCCAACAUGCCCGUAGUGGUAGAUGCCAAUGAAGUGCUCCAAAGUGAUUUUGUCCGCAUUGAGUCCUCCGUGCCCUUUGCGGGGGAAUAA